AUGGGAACAGCCUCAGAGCCGCUGGACCACGAACCAGAGACAAUCACUGCACCUGCACCUUCUACAGACGUUUGGUUCACAGAAGAUUUCACUGUGCUGAUUCCCAUGUGGGUUGUGGAAAGGCUCCGGGAAUCCAUGGACAAAUGCGGCCAGCCCAUGCCUUCGACGGACUUCAAACUCAAACUCGGCGAGAUCAUGUUUGGCGAAAAGAUCCACAAACCCAAGCGUAUAUCCUGCCCCAACGUCAUCACUCCCGACAACAUCCCAGAGUUCUGCAUCCCUCCCACCAUCCCGUCCUCGCCGCACCCCCUUGACGCCGGCCGAACUCCACGAACCCUCCAAACCGCUCCCAGACUCGAGAUGGAACCCGCGCCCCAAGAAAUGUACAACUCGCACAUCAUCCAAGUGGAAAGCGUGGACGAAAGCCCGAGCGACGCGUGCAGUGACGAGGAAACUACAAACGCGGAUCCGCAGAGUCAAGCCGCUCUGUCGCUUCCGCACUUAGCCAAGACGCAAACUUGCUACGGCUUUUGCACCUUACUGGAAAGCCCUCACACGCGCCGGAAAGAGUCCAUUUUCCACAACGACUGCAACUCCCCGUUACUCCUCCCUCGUAGCCGCUCGAGCUUCUGCGCUAAAGCGUCGUCUCCAAACUCCUCCCCGUGUCCUUCUCCGUCCUCCUACAGCCUCAACCACUUGUCUUCCAGGCUUUCCCCGCGAUCUCUGAACUGGCAACACGCCUUGGACAGUGACACCACCUCCUCCACGGAAUCCUCUCCCUUCAGCUCUCCUCUGCUGAACCGAUACCCCAAGGCAUCGCUAUUCAAAGCUUUUAGCCACGAACUGCUCCUGUCGAGGAAUUUGAGGAAGGCGAUGGUGUCGAGGAACAACUCCUUGUCCACGGACGAAGGCAGCUCCACGGACAAUAGCCCCAACAUUAUGAGGAGGGGGUCCGAUGUGCUGCCGGAACUUCCGAGCAACUGCAGUCUGGCCCCUCCUGCUGUCUUCCCCUUGGAUCUGAACUUGCACCGGGAAAGGCUGAUGAAGGAGAGGAUGGUGCCGAUUGGGAAGGACGGCAGCUUGAGGUUGUUUGCGGAAUAUUGCCCGGAAAAUCUCAGACUCAGAGUGCGCCUGAUCAGUGCAGAGGGCCUGUAUCCGCUUUCAGUCGACCCCAAGAUUAUAAACUGCAGCGUCAGUUUGAGUUUGGUGCCCGGUAAAGUCCAGAAACAGCGGAGCACGGUGAUCAGAAAGAGCCGGAACCCCAUUUUCAACGAGGACUUCUUCUUUGAUGCCGUGACGGAGGAAGACUUGGAGCAGAGGUCGCUCCGGUUUAAGGUGGUCAACAAAAUGUCCACCUUAAAACGAGACUAUCUGCUUGGCGACUGUGAUCUCCAGCUGUCCAGUAUUGUCACCUAA